AUGGGAUUGUGUGGAGAGGUUGGUAAUAUAGACGAAACUAAAAUUUAUGGAGUUAUGCCAUAUGUGGCUCCUGAAGUAUUAAGAGGAAAUCAUUAUACUCAAGCAGAUAGUUUCGGUAUGGUAAUGUAUUUUGUAGCAACUGGAAGACAACCUUUUGGCAAUCGUGCACAUGAUUAUGAUUUGGCAUUAGAUAUUUGCAAAGGAAUUGGACCUGAAAUAAGUGAGCCAGAAGUACCAAGAUGUUAUAUUGAUUUAAUGAAAAAGUGUUGGGAUUUAGACAAAAAUAAUAGACCAGAUGUUUUUGGGUUAGAUAAAGAAAUUACAUCAUUUCUUGUGUCAUAUACAAUGGAUUUAGCUAUUUUAGGAGAAAUUAAAAUACAAUUUGAGGAAGCAGAAGAAUAUAGAAAAGCAAAUAUUUCAUCCACUGAAAACUACCAAAUAGUUACCCAUCCACAAGCUAUUUAUACAUCUCGAUUACUUAAUCCUAUUACAAAAGAUCUUCCAAAAAAUGAUGAUGGUUAUAAUUCUCAAUGUUUGGAUGAUUGUGCACUUCCAAUUAGUUUCAAAUGAUACACAAUUAUACUGUAUAUAUAACUGCUAUUUUAUAGGAAUUUACAAUUAUAUAUAGUUUUGUCCAACACUGUGUAUGGAUAUGUAUUUUUUUUUACAUGAAUAAAUCAGUUU